AUGGGAAGAGUAUAUCGCGAUCUAGAAAAACGAGUGCGUGACACGAAGGUGCGACACCGCCGAAAGUUACGCUCUCUCGAAUGCACCCAGGCUCCUAGAUCGAGACGCUUACCGCAUACCAUCGACAACUUUGUGGUAAAUCUCUCAUCCACCGAGUUCACAGCAGCAGAGUUAAACCUGCUAAACAAAGGGUUGAAUUUCGCCGUUUCCCCCCAAAGUGCCCCCCUUGCAGAGGUUGCCAAUAACAUUGAAAGUGCCAUUCAAUAUGAUAACCAUGCAAGCAAGUCAGCCGUCCGACACAGCGUGGAGCAGUGCCUUUUGCGAACGGUGAACAAAACGGAGUGCAAAAAUCGCGCCAGUUUCGAAACGUGGUGUGCAAUUCGACAGUUGAAAGCCCGUGAUGUGAUGUAUUCCCGUGCGGAUAAGGGAAACGUUGUAGUGAUAAUGGAUCGAGAGGACUAUGAUGCGCGUGUGUAUGACAUGAUUGGUACCGGCCCGUACGAAGAAGUAAAAUUCAAAAACGGUAUGCCGAAAGACCCGCUGAACAAAAUGAUUGAAGAAGUGAAUUGUGCUCGGCAGAAAGUGGCUCAUCUAAUGGGUGAAGAGAGGCUCGAUAGGAAGUUACACGUCCCGAAUCCCGCGGUGGCAUCUUUGUACUGUUUGCCGAAGAUCCACAAAAAUCCUAUCGGAAUGAGACCAAUUUCUUCCAACAUACGUACGCCCACACAAAAAAUGGCAGCCUGGCUGGUUAGUGAAAUGAAAAAAUAUCCCGUAAAACAUGGGAAAAGCGUGAAAAAUUCAGUGGAUUUGGUGAAGAAAUUAGAAGGGUUUAAGUUGGGACGAGGAGAAAUUUUGGUCUCGUUCGAUGUCACGGCACUGUUCCCGAGCGUACCAGUCAACGAAGCCCUUCAAAGCCUGCGUCGUCACUUGGAACGCAGCCGAGCCCCACCAAAUCAUAUCGAAGCGUAUCUCUCCGUAGCCCAGGUGUGUAUGAACCAGAACUUUUUCACGUUCAGGGGGAAGGUUUACAGGCAGACCUUUGGGCUCAGCAUGGGUAGCAAGCUGUCCCCAUUGCUAGCGGACCUCUUCAUGAGCGAUUUUGAGAACGAAGCUCAAAAGAAGAAGUUGUUUCCCAGGAUCUGGUGGCGCUACGUUGAUGAUAUUUUUGCUCCGGUUAAGGAACGAUACCUGGAUCAAACGUUGAGCAUGUUAAACUCCCAACACAACACGAUCAAAUUUACUGUAGAGAAGGAAGAGGAAGGGAGACUCCCCUUUCUCGAUCUGUUGAUCAGUAGAAAGGAAGACAGCACGUUGAAAUUCGGGAUCUACCGCAAGCCUGCCUCCACCGAUAGAUACAUUACUUCGGACUCCAAUCACUUCGGUGCCCAGAAGCAAGCCGCCUUCCACUCUAUGGCACACCGGUUAUUCAACGUACCCAUGGCGAAAGAAGAGUUUGAAGAAGAGAAAGACCGUAUUUAUUCAGCAGCCGAAGUGAAUGGGUACGACAGGUCUUUCGUUGAUAAAAUCAUCCGGAAACAUAAGCGAAAAACACAGCGCGACAGUAUAACUACCCUCCAGCCGGACACCAAAGAAGUCAAAAGAGUCAGCCUGCCAUUCUACCCGAAAAUAACCAACCCCAUAAAAACCACACUUCACCGACAAGGGUUACAUGUUGUCCACAAAAGUGAGAACACUCUGCGUGACCUGCUUUGCAACCUCAAAGAUAAGGUUCCACCUGACGAGCAGUCUGGCAUAUACCAGAUUCCCUGCAAAGACUGUCCGGCGGUUUACAUUGGACAAACCCGCCGGAAAGUCAAAGUCCGCAUAAGGGAACAUAAGAACGCAGUGGCAUCUAAGAAAAGCAACGAAUCGAGCGUGGCGGCUCAUACGGUGGAAACCGACCACGAAAUAGAUUGGGGAAGUGCGAAGCUCGUAAAAACUAAUCGAAUUUAG